AGUAACUAAUAUCCUUACCACGUGGUCAAAAGGGAAAUACCUGAUAUCUGAAAAAGACAAAAAGAGGUUUCAUAUUCAAUAAAAAUAUAACAUGGAGGGAAAGAAAUACGUUGUAUAUAAUUUCGUGGUAUCAAUAAGUAUGUGUACCAUUUUAGUACAAGGAAAUACAACCGUAACUGGAUAUUGGACACAGUGGUAUGAUGUAGACACACCCAGAGUUGGUAUCGGUGACGUAGAGACGGUAUCUGCUAUAGAAAGGGAAGGACCAUCUAUUUGUGAUAAACAGUACUUCAUCUAUCACAGUGAAUGCAGAACACAUAUCUUUGAUAACUGGUUGGAGUUUACAGAACGUGAGGCACAUCUAGCACCUGACAAACUGCAUAACGCCUGUACAAAAACGGGAUUGGAAUGCAGGAACGAAGAUCAACCAAUGGAAGCUACGUGUAGGGAUUACCAGGUCCGGUUUUACUGUGUAUUACCAAUAGGUAUAUUAACCAUUCAGUUAUUAAUGAGAUUCUCUCCCGUACGUUAAAUACAUGGCUAAUAAAGAACAUGGAGUUAUAACAUUCUAAACACUUUGUCUGGAUGUGAUGGCUAUGGCUAAUUGUGUUAAAUUUAUAUAAAUAAGGAGUUGUGGUAUGAUUGUCGAUGAGAC